CUGUGGAAACGGAGGGUGGGGACACUCUGGCCCGGCUCUCGGUGGUGCUGUAGCUGGAGGGAGUAGCGGCCGCUCUGGUCGGCGGACGUGCUGUCGUGCAGUCCCGGAAGCGAAGCAGCGAUGGCGGAGAGUCCGACUGAGGAGGCGGCGACGGCGGGUGCUGGGGCGGCGGGCCCCGGGGCAAGCGGCGUUGCUGGUGUUGUUGGCGUUAGCGGUAGCAGCGGCGGGUUCGGGUCGCCUUUCCUGCCGGAUGUGUGGGCGGCGGCGGCGGCAGCGGGCGGGGUCGGGGGACCGGGGAGCGGCCUGGCUCCGCUGCCUGGGCUCCCGCCCUCGGCCGCUGCCCAUGGGGCCGCGCUGCUUAGCCACUGGGACCCCACGCUCAGCUCCGAUUGGGACGGCGAGCGAACCGCGCCGCAGUGUCUACUCCGGAUCAAGCGGGAUAUCAUGUCCAUUUAUAAGGAGCCGCCUCCAGGAAUGUUCGUUGUACCUGAUACUGUUGACAUGACUAAGAUUCAUGCAUUGAUCACAGGCCCAUUUGACACUCCUUAUGAAGGGGGUUUCUUCCUGUUCGUGUUUCGGUGUCCGCCCGACUAUCCCAUCCACCCACCUCGGGUCAAACUGAUGACAACGGGCAAUAACACAGUGAGGUUUAACCCCAACUUCUACCGCAAUGGGAAAGUCUGCUUGAGUAUUCUAGGUACGUGGACUGGCCCUGCCUGGAGCCCAGCCCAGAGCAUCUCUUCGGUGCUCAUCUCCAUCCAGUCCCUGAUGACUGAGAACCCUUAUCACAAUGAGCCUGGCUUCGAACAGGAGAGACAUCCAGGAGACAGCAAAAACUACAAUGAAUGUAUCCGGCACGAGACCAUCCGAGUGGCAGUCUGUGACAUGAUGGAAGGAAAAUGCCCCUGCCCUGAACCCCUACGGGGGGUGAUGGAGAAGUCCUUCUUGGAGUAUUACGACUUCUAUGAGGUGGCCUGCAAAGAUCGCCUGCACCUUCAAGGACAGACUAUGCAGGACCCUUUUGGAGAGAAGCGGGGCCACUUUGACUACCAGUCCCUUUUGCUGCGCCUGGGACUGAUCCGUCAGAAGGUGCUGGAGAGGCUCCAUAACGAGAACGCUGAACUGGACUCUGAUAGCAGCUCGUCUGGGACAGAGACAGACCUGCAUGGGAGCCUGAGGGUUUAGACCCUGCUCCCCACUUCCCUCCUCCCCUCUCGAGUCCCAGCCAAGCCCCUCCCCCACCCCAGGGAUGGAGAGGCACUGUGUGUUUCCCUCCAAACUUGACAUCAUCCUGCAAGAUGGCAAGACUCAAGCAAGCUCCAAUCCCAGGGUGUGGGAGUUGGGAGGCUCUUCCCCAUCUGACCUCCUGGGCUCCAAACAUCUGGAGCCAUGAUCAUCCCAUAUCAGGGGCCAAGGUACCUAUACAGGAGCACGUAGGGCGAGGGCCUCUGGCAAAACAAAACAACCAACACACCUCUCCACAGGGCCAGCUCCUUAGGAAUAGGUGAAAGACAAAUUGUAAUUCUAAGAGGGAAUGCGCCCAAAUGAUUUAUGGGGCUAUCUGAAGGGAGCUUGGGAGGAAGGGGAGCUGUCUGUGACACUUAAGCAGUCUGGGUGGUUGUGUGUCUGUCUGUCUUCAGUCUUGAAGCAGGGCUUCCUAAUACCUGUUUUCCUCCCUCCCAUCACUGCCCACAGGCCAGCGUACUUUUGUUUUUCCUAAUUUAUAGUCACUGUUCUAGACAGACCAAAGAGAAAGAACAGUGGUGGCGUCUAGGCUGCUGAUCAGUAAGCUUUACCUAGCACCUGAGCACCUUUCUCCUCUACCCCAAUUCCCUUACCCUAUUCUAGAUAACAAGACAGGAGGACAGUGUGACUGGGAUGGAACCAAGGUCUUGGUAAAGCCUGCACAGGCUCCAAAAGAAGCUGAAAAUACUGUUCCCGCAAUCACUGAUUUGAAAAGUUCCCAACACAGCCAGCUGUUGUGUGUAUUGGAUUAGAGCCACUACAUAGAACAGUCUCUUAAAGACUUUCUCUCUCUUGGGGGUGGGAUUUUAGGGGGAAGACUGAUGCUACUCCUAGAAUACUUGUUUGGCUGUCCUUGUGUGUUUUUACUCCAGCCUCCAGGGACUUGUGGGGAACAAGGGUAGCCAAUGGCAGAAGGGGAUUCAGGCUGGGACUCUGGAGGCUCCUCCCCUUUCUUCCCUCUCCUCCCAGCUGCUCUUGUCACUGGCUCUGAUGGGUGUUUGCCUGGCAGUGUUGCUUCUCUAUCUGUAUUUAGCGGCAGCGAUCCUUUAGCUGGUUGGCUCCGAAACCUGUGCUUUAGGUGCCCUUUAAUACUGGGCAUCGAGGGAAUCCAUUCUACCCCUUUUUGGAUGUGUUUUCCCGUACUUUCCAGAUUCUUUGUUUUAUGGCUCCCAGUGGGCUAUCCGUGAUCCAUGUGACCCAGGGCCUGUCAGUAUCCAGCCACCUAUAAGGGAGAGGAUAACUUGAACCUUCCCUGCCCGCUGCUAUGAAGGUGUCUGCCUUGUGGAUCAUGGGAUUCCCCUUGGGAAAUUGGGGGUGGGAGGGUGGGCACAAUGGAAAAGGUCCUACUUGGGAGGGCAGGAAGUAAGCAAACUGGAUAGGGACUGGACCUGGGGUAUGGAAGUUUGUCUUGGAUAGCUGAGGGUUGGGUCUCUUCGCAUGAAGGGGCCCUGCUUCCAGUUUCCCUCUUCCAUUCCCAGAGUUAAUCCAGGGUUUGGAAGAAUGCCCUUGGUCUAUAGGUCCAGUGUUGUCUAUCAUCCAUUGAAGCGUCCCCACUUUCAGUGACAAUCCUCUCCUUGGCCCUGCCAUGGGCAGAGCAUGUCUGGCAUUGUGGCCUGACUUUUAUGCCCUAAUCUUAAGUAGAGGAAAUAUAUGCACAGGAGUCAAAAGAGAUGUCUUUAUAUCUGACUGUACAUAAAAUGAAGUUUUUUUUUUUCUUUUUGGUGCAAUAAAGUUUGUUUUGGCAGAAGGAG